AUGCCUUCCUGGAACGACGAGGAAACGAGAUCGGAGGAGGAGUGCGAGGUCGUCAGCAUGGACAUGGGACUUAUGGAGGAACCAGACACCACUGUGGAGCUCCUUUUCUGUGGCCAACUCGAGCUUGCUCAUCCCAAGUGCAUUCUGCACCAACUGAGGCCUAUUAAGCGUGUUGCUUUUGAAGGGCCUGUAACAGGAAGGCGUUUCUAUGGCUGCCCAUUCCAGGAAAAUGGUGUGAAUUGUGGUGUUGUAGAGUGGGUUGAUGGGCCUUGGCCAACUGUUCUUCAGAGAUGUUUGUGCAAGCUAUGGGAAAUGUUCCAUGAGCAGAACUAUGGAAGGGUACUUGACAAGGAGAAGUUUGAGAAGGAGUUGGCCAAUCUUAAGAGUGAACAUGAAAGGGAGUUGGCCAAGCUUAGGACUGAAAAUGACAAGCUUUGCAUUGAGUACACCAAGAUUGUUGAUGAUGUAUCCAAGAUGUUUGAUUGGCAGGAUGGUAGGGCGAACAAGAAGGUGUACCAGAAACAAAUGGAAAAGCUCAAACUUGCAAAAGAGCAGAGGUGCAUUUUGCAGAGCCAAGCUGGUAUCAUCAAGAACACCAGGAAGGCUAUGAAGGAUGUUGAAGUUGACAGAGAUGUUCUUAAGAAGGAGAAGGCAAAGCUUGAGCUUGUUGUUGCAGAGCUGCUGAAAGAUGGGUAUGGCAACAAGGAGAAAUUAGAUCAAAUCAAGGCCAUCCUUGAGUCAUGA